AUGCGUAACGAAACAGAAUCUCAGGUUGGAAGUAGUAUUAUUCACAAUUUUACUUGGAUUAUACCGAAUUUUAAAAAAAUAGAAGCUCUAGCACCAAGGCCUCAAUGUUUUCAUAGUCCUCAGUGGACCUGUAACAUUUGUGUUUUCGACGACAGUGGAUGUUCUUACAUACCUUUGAAUUGGAGACUAAAAUUCCAUCCUAACGGCAAUAGUGAAAGUUCCCAAAACAGCAUCAGCUGUUAUCUAGAAACUAUAUUUCCGAUUGACGCACAACCUUCUUCAAGAAUUAACGUGAAUUUUUAUAUUGGUUUUUAUGUUCCUGUUCAACAAGGGGAAAACCGGGUCUUGAGAUUAGUAAAACGUCGUAGUGAACGUCAUGAAUUUUUGAAGGUAAAACCGGCUUGGGGAUGGCCAAGUUUUUGUUCAAAAGCGGUUCUAAACUGCGAAGGAAAUAACAAUGCUAAUAGUACAGAAGAACCUGAAAUACUAUUACCAGAAAUGAUUCAGCGAACAGGGAGUGUUUUAGAAGAUGAUACUCUUGUUGUUCAUGUUGUGAUAAUCACGCCAAAUCCAUCUGGUGUGCCAGAUGAAUUAGAGGAAUCGAUGGCACGAUUAACAUUAAAUUCACGAACAGCUUGGACGGCGUUUUCACAAACUUUAAAUACACCAAAUUUUAGUGAUAUCAAAUUCUUGGUUGAAGGACGAACAAUUCUUGCACAUCAG